AUGUCCUCGUACUACCGUCCCCAAAGCGACGGCCAAACUGAACGGGUUAACCGCACACUGGAGCAGAUGCUUCGUACAUAUAUCAAAUCUGACGAAUGCGAGUGGAAGCGAUUGCUUCCGGCCUUGGAACUUGCCUACAACACAACAAGUCAUUCACCCACUGAGCUCUCUCCUUUCGAGGUCAUGAUUGGAGAGAGCCCGUUGACUGCUGCGGACCUUGAUAUCGUAGGCGCGUUAGCUCCUACGCUCACUCCUCCAAUGACUAAGCUUCUCCGGCAGCUCUGCCACAGAGCACAGAGUCACAUCCUGAAGGCAAAAUGGCAGCAGAAGGAAUACGCAGACACAAAGCGCCGAGCAGUGGAGUAUGCGCUAGUUCCCCACCGCCCCCGACCUCCCGCUUUGGUUCUCUCGGCAGCCGACGCCGCCUGGCCUCCUAUCCAUGAUGCAGCAGGCAAUCCCACAGAUGAAUACGAAGUCGACUAUAUUAUGGACCAACGCGGCUCGGGAGAUGCAGUUCAGUACUUCGUGAAGUGGCGCGGGACCCCUGAAGAUCAAGCCACAUGGGAGCCAGCUCACCACCUUACAGGCUACCCGGCUUUGCUUCGCGCUUGGCGCCGCCGCCAACGAAGACGUCUUCAGGCUCGAAACAAGAUUGGUCCUUCCGAGGCGUGGACGUAUGGGUCCGUCAUAUUCCACCGGCUACACCCUUCAAUGAGGAGUUGGGAGCGCUGCGCACCGCAUGCGAUCACGACGUCAGCUUUAGAAGAGCACAGAGAUUCAAAAGGCAAAAAUAAUGUGUUUUGGGGUAGGUCUCUCCAGUCCGGCAAAGGGGGAAGUUGUAGUGCACAGGCAAUACAAUAG